UGUCACUCACUUACAAAGUUGUUAUUCAGAUACUCAUGUGGUUGAUUGUGUUUUAAAGAGAGAUUCGCGCCCUGGACAACUUCCGCUUCUAGUCGCUUCUUCUACGGAAGUAGGUAACGCGCUGCUUGCGCAUGUGUAAUCGCAUUCCGGAGACUUCGCAGUAGAGACCAAAACACAUGAGAAUAAUCUAUCCCGUGUACAACGGCAGUACGUGACAACAGCGGUGUUUUGUCGUCAGCAGAGAUUCUUCAUUUUGGACAGCCUGUUUCAGCCCCAGCCAUGGUGUGCAUUCCCUGUAUUGUGAUUCCUGUCCUGUUGUGGGUCUACAAGAGGUUCCUGGAGCCUUUCCUCUAUCCUUUCAUUUCACCGAUUAUUAAUACAUUCUGGACCAAAAAAGCAGUUCAGGAGACUGGCCCUACCGACCAAAAAGUUAGCGAAAAGAGUAAUGGGACUUGCAUGCCUGAAAGCAACGGUGAGGCCACUGCCAAUGGAUCCCUUAUAGCAGAAGAUAAGAAGACAGAUUGACGGCUAUAAAUGUUCAUAAUGCAUCUAAUACAGUGUAAAUAUUACAGUACGUUAAUAUAAAAUAGAGAAACUAUUAAUUAACUUAUCUAUCUUCUUUGAAUGGAGUCGUUUUUGAUUACCUUCCAUAAUGUGUGUUUGUUGCUUUUACUUUUUUCAUUUGUCUUACAAUAACUUAAUAUUUCUUGUUAAUCAUAAAUUGAUAUAUGUAUUUACUGUGUUGAAUAUUCACUCUCAAUGGAUUAGUUUUUCUAAAACAAACUUGCAUUUUAAUGAAUGAAUAAAAUAAACCCUUCAUAUCAAAGAAGAGGCUGCUUUAUUGCGCCCAUACUAAGAUCAGCUUCCACUUCAACUAGCUUGCUCACUUUAUAUUGUUAAGUCAUUAAGGGUUACAUUUUGUUUGUAUUUUUGAGAUAUUUUUAAUGUAACUAAGAGCAAUAUCAUACUUGUGGAAAAAUGGUUUGAGAUUUGUAAUGACAAACAGUGAAA